UAAUGAAUAGAGAUUCCCCCAACCCUGGCCUUCUCCGUAUGAUAUAAGAAACAGCAACUCUACCAACAGCCCUUCUCCUAAGGUUAUCUUUUUCGUCUCCCUGCUCCUCAUUCUUUUCCCUCCUCCAUGGCCACAAGCUCAAACCCAGAUGCAAUGGAGAUUGAUGCCCCCACCCUCUCCAUCACCGUGGAGAGGAACCCUCCCGAGUCACGAUUGUUGGAGCUUGGCAUCAAGUCGUGGCCCAAGUGGGGUUGCCCUCCAGGGAAGUUCCCUCUUAAGUACGAUGCAGAGGAGACGUGUUAUCUCCUCAGAGGAAAGGUGAAGGCCUACAUGAAGGGAUCCUCCGAAUGUGUAGAGUUUGGUGCCGGAGAUCUCGUGGUCUUCCCCAAGGGACUCAGUUGCACUUGGGAUGUCUUGGUGGCUGUCGAUAAGCACUACAAAUUCGAUCCAUCUUCUUAGCUAUCUCCUGUUCUUCUGCUUCUUCUUCUUCUUCUUCUUUCACUUUCUUCUUUUAUACCAAUGUAAGCUUCUUCUUUUAUAUUUGAUCGCUUUGUAGUUAUUUAUUAACUUAGGGGGCGUUUAAUUAAGUUGUGAUUUCAGUCAAAAGAACCCAUCAGUCAAUGCAGGCCCCAUUCAAAGUAAUCUUAUUUAUUCCUUUGAAUGAGCUUUGAAUGCUUCUUUGACCACCACCACCUUGUGGGUGAGGGCAGGAGUUCUAUAUAUCCACAGCCCCUCAACUUUUGUAUCUUGUAAGCAUUUUAAAUGAAUGAUGGUUGUUGCUC